AUGUUCCUCAAGCAGCUUCUUCUGGCCCUCGGCCUUUGUGCGGGUCUGGCUUCUGCUGACGACUAUCCCGCUACUCCCCUGACUGUCAACAACGCAGAGUACGAGAAGCUCUGUGGAGCGGGCAGCGACCCUAACCAUGUCUGCUUCACCUUCGUCGGCGGCGACCUCAAUGACGUCCAUGUCGAGAUCACCAAGGGUGAAUUUGGUGACUUGCCCACCACCAGCUUGCUGGUCAGGGAUGACCGAAUGCGCGACUUUACCAUUGACGAUCCCAGCAAGACCUUCUCGAUCAUCUGGAGGGGUUAUAACAACGCUCUCUUCAGCUACGAGCCCCAGGAUACGUCUAGAGCCUGCUCCAGGAUCGGGAUUACGGUUCUCGGCGGAAACAACAGGCUAUGGAUCAAUGAUGGCCUGGUGAACGGUGAAGAUAUCGAUAUCGACACCAAAGGUUCCGGUCAUGCCCUCGGCGACUUUUGCUCCAAGUGGAUCCGCAUCCACGUUGGCAAUGAUGGCUGA